CAGUAGUCGCGAUUCGACCGCGGUACCAUCAACACAAUUCCGCAGGUUUCCGCGGUCGUUACUCUCAUUUGGUACACAAACUAGUAGAAAGUUGUUUUUUUUUUCAAAUUAGCACUAUUCAGUUUGGAAAAUUUUAUAAUUGGAUAUACCGUAUAACUUUAGACGAAGUGUCCGAAAUGACGGUCACAAUAUUAGCAAAGCCGGAAAUGGUGUCAGGAGAUUCUUCGGACAACGAAACCUGCUGCACAGCCUACGACGAUAGUUCGAAGGAAGUCGAACACAAUCACGAUCAUACGGACAAACUUCUUGAAGAUUUGUCCCAAAACGAAGAUGAUCAAUCUCAAGGAACCUCCGAACCUGAUGAUUGUGAUGAAAUGUACUAUCAAAAAGCUAGACAAUUGUUAUCGUUUGACGAGGCUCCUGAAUAUAUGAAACAUAAUGCUUUUAUUAGGAAAGGUUAUAGGGGAUUAUUGGAUACAGAAUUAUGCAAAGAAAGUGUUUUCUGGUGGACGAACGAAACGAUAAAUAUUUGGUCACACAUAUUUGGCUUUGUGCUUUUCAUUAGCCUCACUGUAUACGACUUGGCUAUAUUGAAAAUUGAGGCUCCCGUUAGCGAUAAAAUUCUCGUAGGAGUUAUUCUGUUUUUCUUUCAGGCUUGCAUGGCCCUAUCAGCCAUCUACCAUACAUUUUGCUGUAGAUCAGAAGAGGAUUGUCAAUAUUUUUUAACCUACGAUCUCUUUGGAAUCGCUCUAUCGCUCUAUGGCAUUUAUGUGUCUGGAAUUUAUUACGCCUUUUGGUGCGAUCAGUUUCUACAAAACUUCUACUUGGUCACCGUAACAGUAAUUUUCAUAGUUGCAAUGGUCAUGCAAAUACCAAGCCUUGGAAUUAACGAUAAUGUGAAAAUUUUAACGUUCGUAUCUUGGGCCGCCUAUGGAGUAAUACCCACAUUCCAUUGGGGUACCAAAAUGGGAUGGUUCGAAAGUCCUGUUGUCGCACUUCUUCUACCAAGAGUAUUGGGAAUGUACCUCAUAAGUGGAAUAGCUUUCCUAAUCUACAUCACGAAAAUUCCAGAAAGGUGGGCGGCCGGAAAGUUCGACUUUGUGGGCCAUUCUCACCAGUGGUGGCACUUUUUUGUGGUCGGUGCCCUUUAUUACUGGCAUAACACUGGUAUGAUAUAUGUGGAUUAUAGAUUGAACCAUGCUUGCGCUAACAGCAUGAGAAUAUUGUAGUAAUUUAGCAUUUUGUAGUUUAAUAAGUCCUUCUUGCCAAUAUUGCAUCAUUUUCCUUUUUAGUAAUUUUGUGUUAUAUACAAGAUAUUGUAUUAUUAUUUAUAUAUGUGCAAAUUUCAAUUGUUGGGGAUUUAAGGUUUUUGUUAAAUGUUAACCACCCUGUGAUAGUUUGUUAAUUAUUAUAUUCCUAUACAGGGUGUAUAUUUUAAGUGAUACCACUAUUGCUAUAUCCGAAACGGUCAAAGCUACAAGGUCGGUUAAAUUAGAAAAAAGUUGCCUUUUUUGAUGUCCAUUCAAGACUCGUUUACAGUGUUGCCAAAUUCCUUUUAGUUUAUGAAAUACAAGGUGAUUUCUAAAAAACGCCCAAAAAUAUUCUAUCAAAUAUUUCGAAAACUAUUUAUUUUCGGGACACAAUUUAAAUUUGAAAGUUUUAUAAUUUUUUUCGCUCUACAACAGGGCAUCUUCAAAUUUCGAAUCCGACGUUUCGUGGUUAAGCUCCCAUUAUCAACUUCAUUUUUUUAAAUACGGACCUGGAUUUUUUAUGACAUUUUAAGAAAGCACCUUCUAUUCUUUUUUCAACGAUAUACCUCUUAAGUAUUAUUGGUCGACGUUUCUGAUCUAAAAAGUGAUCAUCAGUGAUUUUUACCAAAAUUUUACCUUAAUUCGGACCUAGUUAUGAACCUGUAUUUCAGAAACUGAAAGGAAUUUGGCAACACUGUAAAGGAAUCUUAAAUGGGCAUCAAAAAAGACGACUUUUUUCUAAUUUGACCAACCUUGUAGCUUUUACCGUUUCGGAUAUAGCAAUAGUGGUAUCACUUAAAAUAUACACCCUGUAUAUACCCUAAUGUUUAGUGUUAUUAUAUUAACCAUUAAUUUUGUAUUUGUUUGUUAUUUAUUAUGCAAUAUGACUGUCCAAAUUAAAUUAAAUAAAAGUAAAAGUGAUUUAA